AUCUCGGAGAUGGAUACAUAGUGCAAAUACAAUGGCAUAUUCGUAAUAAAUUUCAGUUUUUUUUUUUUUUUUGAAAUUUUCCUUUAAUAAAAGUUCAAAUUUAUUACUAAAAUGUUAUUAAAUUUGCACUAUUCACACUCCUAAAUAAACUCCCACCCUUGUAAAAGGAUUUGAAACUCAAACAUCGUCUACGUUUGUCCUACUCAAUAGUGUUAUAGUUUAGUAUUAAGGUGGUCGUGUGGAAAUUCCUAAUUAAUUUCGGAGAAUUGUAAAAUAGUGCAAAUUCAAUGGAGUUCAUUCAUCAUACACCCAAGACUAAUUUUUGCUCAUCUACUCAUUUGGAAGUCUCUUUUUUAAUACAUUUUGCUCAUUUAGAUGAUUUUAAAUGAUCAAUGAACAAAAAAUAGCUUUGAGUGUACCAUGUUCAUGAUACACCCUGGUGUAUGAUAAAAUUUGUAACUUUAAUGACAUUUUAGUAAUAAAUUUCAGCGUUUUUCUUUUUUUUUUUUUAAUAAAAAAAAUCAUUUUUUUUUUUUGUAAAAAGGCCACCAAAUCUACACUAUUCACAAAUCUCUAGAUUAAUUGGGCAGCCUUCGUGGUCGUGCAUUCGGGCCAACUCCUUCGCAAGUUCAAAUAACGCGCAAUAUAAGUUACUCACCUUGGCCUUAUUCCAAUAGUCCCGCUUCCAUUUCGUCAAUUGCAUUGCUUAGUUAUUUGCAUUGCUGACCAACUUUUCCCAAGGGUGGAAAUGUCCUCUGGAGGGUCAAACUCUAAGUCUAUAGAUCCGGGUGCUAUUGUUCGUCCUCCUGCAUUAGACAAUAAUUUGGAACCAUCAGGUGACGAGGAUGAUGGAGUAUCUUCCAUGCAAACUUCUGAUAUGUAUAAUAAACCAAUAAUGUGUGAACGAGCUGGACGCCUCAAAACUAUUGAUCAGCUUACCUUGUAUCCAAUGGAUUUGAGGAGAGAGUUGGCAAAGACUAUCAUUUUACAUGACUAUCCCCUUUCCAUGGUUGAUCAUAGGGGUUUCAAAGGACUUUUGGAAAGUGUUUAUCCCAUGGUUUCUCAAAACACCCUGAAAUGCGACAUAUCAAAGAUCUAUGAGUUUGAAAAGGAUGUUUCGAUGCUGUUGUUCAAUGAGACUGACAGCAAGAUUGCCGUCACUGUAGAUAAAUUUGCUUCUUGUGAUCAAACCAAAAAAUACAUUGCAAUCACGGGACAAAUGAUCAAUAGUGAGUGGCAGGUUCAACGUCGCAUGAUGAGGUUUUUAAAUCUUCCUCGUGGAUGCACAAAUGAGUUGGUUGCUAAACUCACUGUGAAGUGUCUUUUUGACUGGGAUGUGGCUUCGAAAAUCUCUACCAUUGCUAUUGACGAUGCAUUUGAUGAGGGAUUCCAUGAUUUCUUAGUUGAUCAACUACCCAGUAGUUCACUUCUUUUGGGUGGAAAAUUGUUGCAGAUGAGAUGUUUUGCUCGUACUGUGAGCUUGAUGGUUAAAGAAGGUUUUCAUAUAAUAGAAAGUGUGAUUGAUAAUAUACGUGAGAGUAUCUUGUUCUGGACAGAUACCCGUCAAAGAGAGAGGAAGCUCAAGGAAGCAUCACUUGAGUUGAGUAUGUCUGAUAGCGAUAGUAAGUUGGUUCUUGAUUGUGUUGCCAAGUGGAACACGACAUUCUUAAUGCUAGAAACAGCUCUUUUGUAUAAACCUGUCUUCUCUCUUCUAAAGAAAGAAGAGUCUGAAUACCUGUGUAUGCCUAGUGAGGAGGAGUGGGAGUUGGCGAAAGAAAUUUGCCAAAAGCUGAGGUUGUUCUAUAAAGUGAUGCACUGUGCCUCUAAGUAUCACAGUGGAAACAAAUUUUUCAUCGAUUUGUGUAAAAUUAAACUGAUUUUGCGUAAGUGGGUUAGCUGCAGUAAUGAGCAGGUAAGAAACAUGGCAUUGAAAAUGCUUGAGAUAUUUGACAAGUAUUGGAAUUCAGUACGAGAUGUCUUUGCUAUUGCUUCUGUCUUAGAUGAGAGAUAUAAAUUGGUUGAAGUUGAGGAUUUUUUCCAAGAAAUCUAUGGAGAUGAAAGUCAAAAAGAAGUUGAGCACAUUCGCCAGCUUUGUUACGACUUGUUCAAUGAGUAUCAAAUUAAAGUGAGCUUGGAAAAGAAACAGAAUGACGAAAAUUCUUCUGGCCUUGAAGAUUCAGGUGAUAAAAUAGAGGACACUUGGGAGACCUAUUGCCGGAAAAAGAGAAAAAGAGAGCUACGUAAUAGUAAACCUGAAUUAGAUGUCUACUUGGAAACGGGUAUCAUUUCAGUUGAUGACAGUGUAGAAGACAUCGCAGUUUUGAAUUGGUGGAGGUAUAGAUACAAUACUAUCUUAAAGAAGAUGGUUAAAGAUAUUAUGGCUAUUCCUAUAAUGUCAGUUGCUCCAGAGCACAUGUUUGAUACAGGAGAAUUCAGGCUUUUGAGUCCACAUCGUAGUAGACUUCAUCCUAUAAUGGUGGAGAAGCUGAUGUGCACUCAGAGUUGGUUUUGGACAGAUAUUAAAGGUGCUUAUAUGGUUACCAAUUCAUUUUCAUGGGGCACAAGUGAUGAUUAUACUGUGGUAGAACAACAGGCUGCUGCUGAUGAAGCGGUAGAUUAAAGUAACAACAUAAUACAAAUUUUAACCAACACUUUUAUGCUAACACCAUAUCUCUUUAUCCAUACUUCAGGCCAAGCUCGCUUAGUCACACUAAUCAGAUGAUUCAAUAUGAUUUUGAGGAGAGAUUAAGGACUAAAUGUCUGAAUGCUGAGGUUCGUAUAUGAUUCUAUGUAUCAUACUCAGUAGAUCUUAACCGAUUAGGGAUCGUACACAGUUCCCUGCAAUGUGCCACUUGUUGAGAGCUUGAGAUUGCUUAUUAUCUAUCAUGGAACGUUUAGUUAUGCUUGUCUUGUAUCGUAUCGAUUUGUCUCUCGUCUCUCUUAACAAAGGACACAUGAAAAACUUCCCAAAGUAUACUGUUUUGAGAAAAAUAUUGCUCCUCUGAUUGCUGCUUCAGCAUAGUAGACUUUGUUAACUCUACUUGUCUACUAUACUCUGUUUUUUCCUC